AUGGCGACAACGACGACGACAUUCGACGAUAACGCUAACAACACCACCAUCAGCUCGAAAGAUGUGAAAAUAUCCUUCAACUCUAUUGUUCGUCGUUUCAUCGUUCCAAAAAAUAUCUCAUGGCAUGAUUUCGAAGAACAACUUCGCAAACGGUUCUCUGUCUCUUCGUCACUUCCACUCUCUUUAUCGUAUAAAGAUGAAGAUGGUGAUAUUAUUACAUUGUCGUCUACUGAGGAACUUUCUGAAGUUUUAGACAGUGGUAAUAAUAUUAGUAAUGGAAAUUGCACUAUUGUUUUCAGUAUGUCUCUUGCUGGUGAUGAACAGAAUGGAAAUGCUGCUGCUGCUUGGAUUUUCGAAGGAAGUGAACAACAACAAAGAAGUUCGACUGUAAGUUCUACUAUUGAGACGGGAAACCUUAUUGAGCUUAGUGAGAAUGAAGAACAACCACCACCACCAGAAGUGCAACAAAAAACUGAAGAAGAAAAUAGAGACGAGGAUCAUGCUGAAGCAAACGAAAAUUCAAAUUUAAUUAAUGAACAAGAACGACGACAACAACUCGACCAAGACGAAAUUCCGCCUAUUGCUCGUGUUUUUAGGACAAUUAGCACUGCUAGCAAUAUCACGGACCAAAUCUUGGAUUCAGCUGAAGAAAAUUUCGAUGAAUGGAUUACAAGAUUCUUUUCUUCAAGAUUUGGCCAAGGAAUCACACCUUGCACGCAUUGUGGCUCAUCUAACAACAAUACCCAAUCACAUCACCAUUCAAACGAAGAUGAUACCUUUCCUUCUAACUUCCCUCGGCCUCCUCAACCUCCAACUGGCGGUAAUCCCCCUAACUUUCCUUGGCCACCUCAAUCUCCAACUGACGGUAACACUCCUAACUUCCCUCGGCCUCCUCAACCUCCAACUGACCCACCACACAGACGUCCACCAGGUCCACCAAGAGUACCAGGAGAUCCCCUACCAGGAUUUCCCAGGCCACCAAAUGUUCAUCCCGGACAUCCACCGCUAUUCUGUAUCUUACACCACGUUCAUGGUCGCGGCGGAUGGCAUUGUGGUUUACCAAAUCGUCAUGGGCCUGGUUGGAGAAAUCAUCAUCAUCCACCGCCACCAUUUUGGUGGGGAAGACGCGGAGGAUGGGGUAGAGGAUGGUAA